UUAAAGUUGUAAGUUGUUUUGUUGUUAAAUUCAAAAUAUUACUUAAAAAUACUAUAUUACCAUGAUUUUGUACAAGUGUUUAGUAUUAUUCGUUUUCAUGAUUUCCUUUGUCCGAACGGAUAACGCGAAACCAUGCUAUUAUUCCAGGCACAUGCUUUUUGUUUUCAAAUACUAUGAAUUUAAAUUCGAUGGGCAAUUCAAAAAUUGCAAAGAAGAUUCUUCGACUUUUGAAGAACUUAAAAAGUUUGGUGGUUCGUUAUUAGCUCAAGGCCAGAACGUUAUGGCGAUUCUCGAUGACCUGAUGACGGAAAACUACCAAAAAUCAUCCAAUCGGCCUGACGACAUAAUGGCGAUCAAUUUAUACUUGAACAAUGUUUUUUGUACAUUAAUGGUACGAACCUUCGACGGGAAGGAUAUAGUGUCAAACAAACCGCAUGAAAAGGUAAAAGCUUAUAGUAGGGAAAUCAAAAAGUCCUUUGAAAAAAUAAUUAUUAACUUACAAAACAGCAUCGUUGAGAAUUGCGGAUCUUUCUCCCUGGACGAAUCGUUAACGAGAAUAAUAUCGCGAGACUCAAGAUCUAAAAGUCAAGGUUACGAUCAUUUGAACGCAUUAUUACCGGAAAUAUCUACUAUGAAUAAUAUUUAUUAUAGAUAUGGGUAUAAUAAUUACAUUUUACCUCCACCAGGCCAAUUAUACUUGAACGCCUAUAACGAUAGCGUUUAUGAGAUGACGUAUUUGGUGAAGCCGUUUUUUAACAGACAAACGUACAUGCGAUACAGCCCGAAUAAAAUUUUAUUGUUCGAUCUGUUGUAUCGAGGCGAACACGAUACCGACCAAGAAAGCAAACCCGACGAUUUGGCACUGCUUCGAAACGUUACUUUAGCGACAAGAUUGGAAGAAGGCACGUAUCCCAACAUAGACCUGUUGUUUUCGAUAGCACAGCGGGUUUUCAACGUCAAAUGUGUGGAGUCGUUCCAACAGCAAGUGUUGGUAGCAACGGCUCAGCCCGUGUUGUCGGUCGUCGGUUCGUACUUAUGUUUGGUCAAACAAAUGUUUUACACGGGUGACGGAAAACUUCUAGACAUUGCCACUAGAGCCACGUUGUUCGAAGAGAGAAUCAACGAUCUGGGCGAUUUCGUAUUGAACGUUUUCGUCGGUUUCAUACGUUUGGGCCUUUAUCUGGAAAAGGAUUUAGAUUAUUUAAAAAAAACCGCACUGGGACUGGACGACUUAGUCAAGCACAACGAUAAAAAAAACAUGCAGGUUGGUGCAGAAUGGAUCGGUCAAAUAUUUAGGCGUUGUUCCAAUCCAAUGUCGCUUAACUAUCUGACAGAGUUGAAUGAAGAGGAAUUCGUCAACGUCAACUCCGCAGAAAAUUACAACAAUGCGAUAAACACGUUAAUAAUGAAAGCCGGUUUGGUCGGGAAUUACGUGACUACUUUGGACAAAUACAAAAACAUCUAUCAAGAGGUAGUUUUCGAGAACCCGUUCUUUUUUCACGACUACAUGUUUUUGUACAGACCGGAAUGUGACAUCAUAAAAGAUACGAGACAUGAAGUUGAAAUUUCUGAUUAUUUGUCACGCGGCUCGAAUAAGCUAAAAAAAGGUUACUAUGAACUCAUCAAAUUGUUGCCAAAAUUUUCUUAUUUGGGUCUCAUUAACGCUAACCCCGAUUAUAUCAAACUACACAUGAACGAUUAUCAAGAUAGCGUUUUGGAGAUGAAGUAUUUGAUAAGGCCGAUUUUAAACAAUCAAACGUACACGCAAUAUCAACCGAAACAAAUUUUAUUCCACGAUCUGUUGUUUCGAGACGAAAACUGUACCAACCGAAAAAACUGUGAUAAAGAAUGUGAACACGACGAUUUGGAAUUGCUGCGAAACGUCCAAUGCAACGUAAAAAUGGAAGACGGCAGUUAUCCCAACAUAGAGGUAUUGUUUUCGAUUGCACAGCGGGUUUUCGACGUCGAAUGUGUUGAGUCGUUUCAACAGCAAGUGCUGGCUGCAACGGCACAUCCCAUGCUGUCAGUCGUCGGUUCCUACGUGUCUUUGGUCAAACAUAUAUUCUACACGGGAGACGGAAAGUUUCAAGACGUCGCCACUAGGGCCGAGUUGUUCGAAGAGACAAUCAGCGCCUUGGGCGAUUCCAUACUGACCAAGCUGGUCGGUUUCAUCCGUUUAGGUCUUUGUCCGGAUAGGGUUUUGGACCAUUUAAAGUUAACCGCAUUGGAACUGGACGAAUUGGUCAAGUAUGAUGACAAAAAAAACAUACAGCUGGUCGCCCCAGAAUGGCUCGGUCAAAUCUUUAGGCGUUACUCCAAGCCUAUGUUGCUUAACAAAUUGAGAGUAUCGAAUGAAGAAGAAUUUACCAAAGUAAACUCCGAAAAAGAUUACAACAAUGCAAUAUAUGCGUUGAAAAUGAAAGCAGAUAACGUCGAGAAAUACGUGAAUGGUUUGGAAAAACACAAAAAACUCUAUCACGGCAUUAUUGAGAAUUCGUUUUUUUCUUACAAAGACAUGUUUUUGGACGAACCGAAAUGCGACAUUAUAUCGCAUAACAGAUAUGCGUAUAGCAUACUUGUGAAAAACAAACCUAUAGUUGGAUGAUUAAGUUUAUUUGGAUACACACUACAAUAUUUUCAACAGUUAGGAGUUAACC